CAGUUGGUUGGCUCAAGUGUACUUUAGUAGCUUCCCUUCAUUUUGCCUUCAAACUAUAUAAGCAACUGUGAUUUCAUGUAUACAAGUCUCCUUCUGGCUCGUCUUUGGACUUCUUCUUGCGGUCGUGGGGUGAAGGCAUCAGCGGCGACACAACAGAUUUUCUGGCGACGGAGGUUCCGGUAAUCAUGUCGAUCUCGUUCGAGCAGAUGCAGACGCUCCUUCAACAGCAACAACUCCAGUUUGAAAAAUCUCAACGACAAUUGAUCGAGUUGCUAUCUCAAAAGCUGAACAUCCAAAGCGAAUCCCCUACAACAACCGCACGGCCAUCGGUGGACGCCCUUGCCGCUUCAAUCACAGAAUUUGUUUUCGAUGGAUUGAACGGAUUGACAUUUGAAUCCUGGUUCUUAAAGUAUGAAGAUAUUUUUCGAGUGGAACUUGCAGACCAAGACGAUGCCUGGAAAGUUCGUUUGCUGUUGAGGAAACUUGGCGCAGUCGAACAUGAACGUUAUACAAAUUUCGUGUUGCCGAAGAAUGCAAGAGACUUCAGCUUCGAUGAGACGGUGAAAACGCUGACGCAGAUAUUCGGUGAGCAGGCCUCUCUGUUCAGUGUUCGCUACAAUUGUUUGAAGUUAGUCAAACGUGAUGCCGUUGAUUUUGUCACACAUGCCGGGAUCGUAAAUCGCGAAUGUGAACGAUUCAAACUGGGUCUGAUGACACCUGAUCAAUUCAAGAGUCUUAUUUUCGUGUGCAGUCUCCAGUCACACGCAGAUGCCGAUAUUCGAACACGUAUUCUCCACAAGCUCGAACAAGAACCACAGUUGACGCUGCAAGAGAUUACAGCCGAAUGCCAGCGACUGAUUAACUUGAAGCACGACACAAAAAUGAUUGAAACUGCUGACCACAGGACAGAACCCCAGAUUUGUCGCACAGCUAUCCGUGGUCAAGUGAUGAACCAGAAUCGGUCAACUCAGAAGCCCCCGACCGCAUGCUGGAAUUGUGGCGCUUGGCAUUUUGUGAGAGACUGUAUCUACAAACGGCAUCAAUGUCACAAGUGCAAGCGGUUUGGUCAUAAGGAAACCCACUGUCGAGUUGCGCACAAUUUCAGACGUUCAUUUCCAUCGAGGUUGCGCACAAACAUCAACUUCAGAAGGGCGAAAUUUCAUGGACCGGCCACAAAGGUAGUUCUCGCUGCAUUUCGCACGGAAUUCGCAGGCAAGAGAAAGUACUUAACAGUAAAAGUCAAUGGUAUUCCAGUCACCUUGCAACUAGAUACGGCGUCCGACAUCACAAUCAUUUCGCGAUCCACUUGGAGGAAGCUUGGAAGACCGGCAUUCAAGCGCACAACUCUAACGGCUCAGAAUGCAUCCGGGGAACCGCUGAGAUUGGAUGGAGAGAUUGAAUGUGAGGUCAACUUCAAGGAACUACAUCUACGCGGCACAAUCUACCUAGUCUCAUGCACCGACGUCAAUCUUCUCGGAAUCGACUGGAUUGAAAAGCUGAACUUGUUUAAUGUACCACUGAAUCGUGUCUGUGCUGAAAGGAAUGUCACGGUGCACCAUACAACCAUACCGACUCCUCCGGGUCAAAGCAUCUCUGAACAGCUUCAAACGAAGUAUGCGUGUGUAUUCCAGUCGGAACUUGGACACUGUAAAAAAAUGCAGGCAAAACUUACUCUGCUUCCAGAUGCCAGACCUGUGUUUCGACCCAGACGUCCUGUCCCUUAUGCUUCCCAAGCACUUGUUGAACAGGAACUUGAUCGAUUGCAGCAGGCCGGAGUGAUCGAGCGAGUCAAUUUUUCACCGUGGGCUGCGCCUAUUGUUGUGAUCAGGAAACCGAACGGUUCUAUUCGUUUGUGUGCUGAUUUUUCUACGGGCCUGAAUGCUGCACUGGAACCCCAUCAGUAUCCGCUUCCGCUCCCUGAGGACGUGUUCGCAAAACUGAACGGAGGCAAGUAUUUUGCUACGCUUGAUCUUGCAGACGCCUAUUUGCAGUUAGAAGUUGAACCCGAAAGCAGAAAGCUGCUAACAAUCAACACGCAUCGCGGUCUCUACCAGUACAACCGUUUGCCAUUUGGAGUCAAAACGGCACCGGCAAUCUUCCAGCAAGUCAUGGAUGCCAUGCUGACGGGUGUAACCGGAGCGGCAGCCUACCUGGAUGACAUCAUAAUAAUGGGAUCGACGCAAGAUGAGCUAUUUCAACGAUUGGAUGACGUGCUACAAAGAAUCAAAGAUUACGGUUUCCGAUUACGAGCGGACAAGUGCAAAUUUUUCCUGAAGUCAAUUAAGUUCCUGGGUUUCGUAAUUAACGAGAACGGCCGACGACCCGAUCCCGAAAAUAUAGAGGUGAUAGACCGGUUACCGGCGCCAUCAGAUGUCACAACUUUACGGUCAUUCCUUGGGAUGGUGAGUCACUAUAGUGAAUUUCUACCAUGCAUGCAUCGCUUGCGGCAUCCUCUAAACCAUCUGCUGAUGAAAGACGUCGAAUGGAAAUGGUCUGCACAGUGUCAACAGUCUUUCGAGAAACUGAAAUCUCUGCUGAAGUCGGACUUACUGCUUACGCAUUAUAACCCGAAGCUGGAGAUUAUUGUUGCCACGGAUGCUUCAAGCUAUGGAAUUGGUGCUGUCAUUUCACAUCGUUUUCCAGAUGGAUCCGAAAAGGCUAUAGCACAUGUUGCACGGGCGCUGACGGCAUCCGAAAAGAAUUAUAGUCAGAUUGAGAAAGAGGCGUUGGCUAUCAUCUUUGCAGUGCAGAAAUUCCAUAAGAUGGUAUAUGGUCGACGGUUCACGUUGGUGACUGAUCACAAACCGCUUCUGGCAAUCUUUGGAUCCAGAAAGGGGAUUCCAGCAUAUACGGCCAGUCGACUUCAGCGAUGGGCAACUCUGCUCUUGGGUUAUGAUUUCAGCAUGCGAUACUUGUCUACGGAUUCUAUAGGGCAAGCGGACGCCCUUUCCAGAUUAAUCGAUAUCGGUAAGCGUGAGUCAGAAGACGCAGUCAUUGCCUCCAUCGCAGCCGAAACGGAUGUAACCUACAUGGUACAUGACGCCGUGAGUAAUUUACCGGUCACUGGCACAAUGGUGAAGCAAGCCACUGAACAGGAUGCAUUGCUGCAAGAGGUAUUAACCUACACAAGACGGGGCUGGCCAAAGAAGUGCCCGAAAGAAGCAUUGACACAGUUUUUCACACGACGCAACUCGUUGUCUGAAGUUGAUUCCUGCCUGUUUUUUGCAGAUCGCAUUGUCAUUCCAGAAAUACUCAGGUCACGCGUGGUACGGCAACUGCACAAGAGCCAUCCAGGAAUCGCUCGCAUGAAGGCGCUUGCGCGCAGCUACGUUUUUUGGCCCAUGAUGGAUAGCCAAAUUGAAGAUAUUGGCCGAUCGUGCUCCAGAUGCGUCAGUGCCUCCAAGUUACCGGUACGUUCUACAUUACAAGCUUGGCCAAACCCUGAAUCGCCCUGGUCGCGCAUACACGUAGAUUUCGCAGGACCAGUCGAAGGAGUGCAUUUCCUCGUUAUUAUUGACGCCUACAGUAAAUGGCCGGAGGUAAUCACUAUGCAAAACACGUCGGCCAACAGCACAAUUAUGGCGAUGAGACAUGUCUUCAGUCAGCACGGAUUGCCAGUAACAGUCGUGUCAGAUAACGGGGCACAGUUUACGUCCUGUCAAUUUGCUGCAUUUUGUGCACAGAAUGGGAUCGAGCAUGUGAGGACGGCCCCGUAUCAUCCGCAGUCUAAUGGCCAAGCGGAAAGAUUUGUGGAUACCCUGAAACGAGCAUUGUGGAAGUCAAAAGAGGAGGGAUCGUUGAACGAAAGAUUGGAACGUUUCCUGUUGAACUACAGAGUUACCCCGAAUCCUAAUGCACCAGAUGGCAAAUCACCAGCUGAAGCACUUAUGGGUCGAAGGUUGAGAACCACACUAGAUUUGCUGACCCCCAAGCGCCCGUCUCUACAACUACGAAAUUCAGUGAUGGAGCGUCAGUACAACAGGCGGUAUGGUGCCAGAAAAAGGCUUUUCAAAGUGGGCGAUCUUGUGUUUGCAGCUGCGAAUCAAGGACAGCGGAUCGCAUGGAUACCAGGACGAGUCCUGCGGCGCCGAGGCAACGUGAUGUAUGAUGUUCAAGUGGGUACACAGGUGUGGAGACGCCACGUAAAUCAGUUGAGGCCACGUUAUACACAUGGUGCCGCCGUUCCGAAAGCCAACGGACUUGACGUCAAUGAAUUGCUUUACACCGACAAGCCUAGUACUCCUGCAGGUGGUGACGUUAGUCCAGUGGAAUGCCGGGAAAAUGGAGCUCGCCACAGGCCAAAGAGAACAAGAAGAUUCGUGCAGCCCCUCCAAGUGGAUCCGCGUCGAAAGACCUAUGUGAACACCAGGUAACCCGUUUUUUUAAAGAGAGGGAGGUAUUAGGAGAACAGCUAUUAGACUUUCAUUUAUUGUGACCCAGCUUGAUAGCUAUUCUUUACUCUUCCUAUUUUCUGUUUCUUGUCUGUUGUUUAAACGCUCUACUGGGUUCGCCCGAUUGGUACAUCCGCGUCAUUGUUAAUGGACGCUCCUUGUCAUGCCUUUCUCAGCAGCGCUGUUUGCAAGAACAUAUUCUAUUGGUUUUUUUCUUCUCAUCACCGUUCUACUUGGUUAUGUUAAAGGAAUAUUUGGUGUCACACAAUUAUUGUACUAGUUUUCAACUUUUGGGUCUGCAUUCCUUAUUCGCGUUUGUUUCGUGACUUUUGUUUAAACGUUUCAUUUCGUCAUUCUGAUUGGCCAGUGCCCGUCACUGUAAAUGGUCGUUCGCUUUACGCUUGGAGUCCAAUGAUGCUAUUUUUAGGGACUUACGCGAUUCGCUCUUACAUACACGGUUGCUUAUUCGCCGUUGCAUUUUACGUUUUUCCUUCAGUUGGUUGGCUCAAGUGUACUUUAGUAGCUUACCUUCAUUUUGCCUUCAAACUAUAUAAGCAACUGUGAUUUCAUGUAUACAAGUCUCCUUCUGGCUCG